GGUUCAUACAGGUCACUCAAUACAGGAAACACGACAGUUGUUGUUCAGGAAGUGAACCGUGGUGUCGGCCAAGCAACGAUGGCUAACGUCUCGGCAAAGCAGCCCAACAAAUCUGGUUCUAAAUUGGCGACUGGGGCUCCAGGUGGACCUGGAGCGGCCAACAACAAUGCUCCAGUCCUUCCACUGGCGUCCCCCUUGAUGGGGGGGCUAAACAAAAAGAAAAAGCCCUUCUUGGGCAUGCCUGCACCCUUGGGUUACGUACCUGGUUUGGGAAGAGGAGCCACUGGUUUUACAACACGUUCCGAUAUCGGUCCAGCUCGUGAUGCCAACGACCCCGUGGACGACCGUCAUGCUCCCCCAGGGAAAAGAACCGUGGGGGAUCAGAUGAAGAAGAAUCAAGAUGAUGAUGACGAAGAUCUGAACGAUACCAACUACGAUGAGUUCAAUGGCUAUGCAGGAAGCUUGUUUUCCAGCGGUCCCUAUGAGAAAGAUGAUGAAGAGGCUGAUGCCAUCUAUGCAGCCCUGGAUAAGAGGAUGGACGAGAGGCGCAAGGAGAGAAGGGAACUGAGGGAGAAGGAGGAGAUUGAAAAAUACCGUAUGGAGAGGCCAAAAAUCCAACAGCAGUUUUCAGAUCUUAAGAGGAAACUGGCCGAAGUGUCAGAGGAAGAGUGGCUCAGCAUCCCUGAGGUGGGAGACGCCAGGAACAAGCGCCAGAGGAACCCGCGCUACGAGAAGCUCACGCCCGUCCCCGACAGCUUCUUUUCCAAACACCUGCAGGGGGGAGAGAAUCACACCAGCGUGGAUCCACUGCAAGCGCAAUUUGGAGGCCUGAACACACCCUUCCCUGGCGGCUUGAACUCCCCGUACCCAGGGGGUAUGACCCCAGGCCUAAUGACGCCGGGCACUGGAGACCUGGACAUGAGGAAGAUCGGACAGGCCAGGAACACCCUGAUGGACAUGAGGCUCAGUCAGGUGUCUGAUUCAGUCACUGGACAGACAGUGGUGGACCCUAAAGGCUACCUAACUGAUCUCAACUCGAUGAUCCCAACCCAUGGUGGAGACAUUAGUGACAUCAAGAAAGCCCGUCUGCUGUUGAAGUCGGUGAGGGAGACCAACCCGCACCACCCUCCGGCUUGGAUCGCCUCCGCCCGCCUGGAAGAGGUGACCGGGAAGCUUCAGGUGGCCAGGAACCUCAUCAUGAAGGGCACAGAGAUGUGUCCCAAGAGUGAGGACGUGUGGCUGGAGGCGGCUCGACUGCAGCCUGGAGACACAGCCAAGGCUGUGGUGGCGUCAGGGCCACCCGUCCUCAGGGAAGCCCUGGAGAAUGUCUCCAAGUCUGUGCGUCUGUGGAAGACCGCUGUGGAGUUGGAGGAGCCAGAGGACGCAAGGAUUAUGCUGAGCAGAGCAGUGGAGUGCUGCCCCACCAGUGUAGAGCUGUGGUUGGCCCUUGCUCGACUGGAAACGUAUGAGAACGCCCGGCGUGUGCUCAACAAGGCCCGUGAGAACAUCCCCACUGACCGGCACAUCUGGACCACCGCCGCCAAGCUGGAGGAGGCCAACGGCAACACACAGAUGGUAGAGAAAAUCAUCGACAGAGCCAUCACAUCACUACGUGCCAACGGCGUGGAGAUCAACCGAGAACAGUGGAUCCAGGAUGCUGAGGAGUGUGACAAGGCGGGCAGUGUGGCAACGUGCCAGGCUGUCAUCCGGGCAGUGAUUGGCAUCGGCAUCGAGGAGGAGGACUGCAAACACACGUGGAUGGAGGACUCUGAGAGUUGUGUGGCCCAUGGUGCUCUGGAGUGCGCCCGUGCCAUCUACGCUCACGCCCUGCAGGUGUUCCCCAGCAAGAAGAGCGUGUGGCUCAGGGCUGCCUACUUUGAGAAGAACCACGGCACACGUGAGUCACUGGAGGCACUGCUGCAGAGGGCCGUUGCUCACUGCCCCAAGGCCGAGGUGCUGUGGCUGAUGGGAGCCAAGUCCAAGUGGCUGGCCGGAGACGUGCCCGCUGCCAGGAGCAUUCUCGCCCUGGCCUUCCAGGCGAACCCCAACAGUGAGGAGAUCUGGCUGGCUGCCGUAAAGCUGGAGUCUGAGAACAACGAGUAUGAGCGAGCCCGGAGACUACUGGCCAAAGCCCGCAGCAGUGCCCCCACCGCCAGGGUAUUCAUGAAGUCGGUGAAGCUGGAGUGGGUGCUGGGGAACAUCGAGGCAGCACAGGAGCUGUGCACUGAGGCGCUGAAGCACUAUGAGGACUUCCCCAAGCUGUGGAUGAUGAGGGGCCAGAUCGAGGAGCAGUCGGAGAAUACGGACAAGGCCAGAGAGGCCUACAACCAGGGGCUGAAAAAGUGUCCACACUCCAUGCCCCUAUGGCUCCUCCUCUCCCGGCUGGAGGAGCGUGUGGGUCAGCUGACUCGAGCCCGCGCCAUCCUGGAAAAGUCCCGCCUCAAGAAUUCCCAGACGCCGGAGUUGUGGUUGGAGUCGGUGAGACUGGAAUACAGAGCUGGACUGAAGAACAUCGCCAACACACUGAUGGCCAAAGCUUUGCAGGAGUGCCCCAACUCAGGCAUCCUGUGGGCUGAGGCCAUUUUCCUGGAGGCCCGUCCCCAGCGCAAAACCAAGAGUGUGGACGCGCUGAAGAAGUGCGAGCACGACCCCCACGUUCUUCUGGCUGUGGCGAAAUUGUUUUGGAGUGAGCGUAAAAUAACGAAGGCCAGAGAGUGGUUCCUGAGGACCGUAAAGAUUGAACCUGACCUGGGAGACGCUUGGGCGCUCUUCUACAAAUUUGAGCUGCAGCACGGAACAGAGGAGCAGCAGCAGGAGGUGCGGAAGCGCUGCGAGAACGCUGAGCCGCGGCACGGGGAGCUCUGGUGCGCCGACUCCAAACACGUGCUCCACUGGCAGAAGAAGAUCGGGGAGAUCCUCGUGCUGGUGGCCUCUAAGAUCAAGAACACCUUCUGAGCACGAACGCCACGCCUGGACAAAAAUGUGACGACGCAAACAUACAUCCAUUCAUGUGUGUUAGACCCACAGCACAUCAUAUUUGUUCCUUUAUUCUUGUAUUUUUUUAGACUGUUGGAUUGUGACCAACAAGAGUGUCGGUAUGUUUUUUUUUUCUAUUAUAAUUGGUACUCCCAUGGCUUUUAAUCCAUCUAGCUGCCUGUGCUUCACAAGGACUGUUAAAUACUUGCUCUUCAUUGGACUGCAGAAAUUGUUUGAUGUAUUCGACAAAACCUGUUUUUCUAUUUGUUGUGGAAAUAUAUUCUAAGAUUUGACUUUGAAUUUUGUUUCCCCUCAAUGCACCGGCUGCUUUUGCCUCCCUGUGUAAGGCUGAUACUUGUUCUGUAAACCUUGAAAAUGUCAAUAAAUUGAGUAAGAGAAGUAACCAA